AUGCAAUUCAUCAAGAGCCUUCAACGAACUAAUUCCUUCAAAACAAAUAAUGCACAAGAAUGGUCCAAGAAGGAGCUUGAGCUCUUCUUUCGAUCUAUCGGAUUAGAAUUAUUCACUUCUAAAAUAUUUUCCAAGCAAAAUCCUUUAUUUUCAUCAGUUGAAAAUGGUGAAAUGUUCUUGACAGCUGUCAAUAAUAUAUUUAAUAAUACUGAUACAAUGUUACAAGAGAAGAGUUCUUGUAUUGACUUGUAUGAUCCAUAUGCAAAAUUAGAUACAAAAUCACUUUCUUUUUUAGUGUCAAGUGUCAGCCAUUUAAUUGAUGACUUGGAUAUUGGAUUGUAUAAAGUUCAUGAAUUGGAAGGGUUAAUUGGAGCAUUUUUACAUAUUUCUAUUGAUAAUCAAUCAUAUAGAUCAUCAAAUAAUUCUAAAGCAACUAAACCAAGUGCUAAAUUCGAUUCCAUUCCAACACAUCCAUUAAUUAAACAAAGAUUGAAUCAAUUAAACUUGUAUUUAAAGAUUCAAAAGACAUAUUUCCAAGAAUUAUCAGAAAAGAAUGAAAAUCAAGGAAAAGAAAUUGACAUUUCUCAUUCAGGUGAAGAAGAAAAUGAUUUUUACAAUUUUCAACAAAAUUUUGUAUUGGACCAUUUCAUUGCUUUACAAUAUUUCAGAUUUGAUCAGAAUUCUGUACAGAAAAAUAAGGUAGCCAAUCAAAUGAGUAGUUCAAGUGAAUCAGGAUUAGUGGAAGAUCAACAAUUUUUAACAGAAGGUGUGAAAUUUGGUCAUUUACGUAAACUUUCCAUUCAAUUGAAUAAUUUGAAAAAUAAUGUGAAUCAUUAUGAUGAAAAUUUCACAACUCAUGAAAAGAAUAAGGGUUCCAAAUCAUUGUUCUUUGCCUCUUCAGGUGAUAAGGGAUUUUUCGUUUCACAAAGUAUUGAAAGUGUUGAAGCAGCAUUUAUUGGAAAUGGAGUUGAUUGUCGAUUGCUGACAACUCAUCAAGUGAUGGAAUAUUUGAGAUAUAGAAGAAUUAUGAAAAAAUCAUCACUCUUACAAAUUAUUGAUUUGAAUGAAAUUGAUGGUCAAGUUUUUGUUACAAUGAGAGAUCCAAUGGAAUGGAAAGUUUUACUGUAUCCAUACAGGAAUGAGAUACCAGGCGCCAAGAAUGGAAGUGUCUAUGAAUGUAUUUGUACUUUGGCAAAUGCAUUGGCAAAUAUUGUAAAGGCAAUUUGUAAGAAUAAUUUCAAAUUGGGUGAAAAUAAGGAAGCAAGGGAAUUGAAACAACUUGAACUGUAA